AUGGGAUUUGAAAAUGGAUCAUUUGAUGAUCAAAUUUUAUUCUCAACUGGAUUUCAAUCUCGUCCAUAUUAUGUUGCUGUUGAUGAUUUCAAUAAUGAUUCUCAUGCAGAUAUUGUUGUUGCAAAUUAUGGUGUCAAUAGUAUUGGAGUAUUUCUUGGUUAUGGAAAUGGAAAUUUCACAAAUCAAAUAAUCACGUCCCUAGGACCUUCUCAUCCAAUCGCAUUAGCCAUCGGAGAUUUCAAUAAAGAUAAUCAGUUGGAUCUUGUUGUGGUUAAUAAUGGUACUUCAACGAUUGCUAUACUUUAUGGUUUAACUAAUGGAACAUUUCAAAUAAAAACAUCUUAUGAUAUGGGUUAUGAUUCUAGUCCUUAUUCACUUGCUGUUGCUGAUAUUAAUGAUGAUAAGAAACUUGAUAUUGUCGUUGUUAAUUCAGGUACAAGUGAAUUAGCUGUUUUAUUAGCAAGUGACAAUGAAACUUUUGUCAUUCACAAAUAUUCAAUUGGAAAAGAUUCUUAUCCAUUUUCUGUUGCUAUUGGAAAUUUUAAUAAUGAUGAUUAUUUGGAUGUUGCUGUUGCUAAUUCUGGUACAAGUAAUGUUGGAAUAUUUCUGGGCUAUGGAAAUGGGAGUUUUAUGAAAAUACAAACAUAUUCGACUGGUUCUGAUUCAUAUCCUGAUUAUGUUGUUGUUGGUUAUUUCAAUAAUAAAAUUAAUCUUGAUAUUAUUGUUAUUGAUUCAAUAAAUUAUAGACUAAUUGUGCUGAAAGGAUAUGGAAAUGGAAGUUUUUCGAUUGUACGAACAAGACAAAUUGGAGUCAACUCUUAUCCGUCAUCAAUCUCUGUUGGUGAUUUUGAUAAUGAUGGAGAUUCCGAUAUUGCUAUUACAGUUCGAGAUGUUAAUGUAGUUGAAGUAUUUACUCAAUAUUUUAACUAUCCUGUUCUAGAUGAAACCACAUAUUCAACAGGGAAAGGUUCUAAACCUCGUUUUUCGACUGUUGGAGAUUUCAAUAAUGAUGGUCAUUUGGAUGUUGUUGUUGCUAACUAUGAGAGUAAUAGCAUUGGUUUAUUUAUCAAUCAUGGUAACGGAACAUUUAGAAAUCAAGAAGAAUACUAUGUGGGUGUAUAUUCCACUCCAUCAUUUCUUGUUACUGGUGAUUUUAAUAAAGAUCAAUAUCUGGAUAUUGUUUUGAUCUUGUAUAAUAAUAGUAAAAUAGCGAUUUUACUGGGAUAUAGUAAUGGAAAUUUUAGCUACAAAGAGAUUUAUUCAACUGAUGAGAAUUUUUAUUUCCAUUCAAUCGCUGUUGGUGAUAUCAACAAUGAUGGUCAUCUGGAUGUGAUUGCACCUGAUGUAAAAAAUGGUAGUUUUAAUAUAUUUAUCGGAUAUGGUAAUGGAACGUUCAAAAAUAUUAUUCUCAUUUUAACUAUCAUUGACUUCUAUCCAUAUGUUAUCCAAUGUGGUGACUUAAACAACGACAAAAUAUUGGAUAUUGUUGCAUCUGAUAGUUUUGGUCAUGGAAUCGCUAUUCUUUUCGGGGACGGUAAUGAAUUUUUUCAAAAUCAACUAAUCACUUCGACCAAGGGUUCUCAUUCCAGUUCUAUUACUAUUGGAAAUUUGAAUAGUGAUAAUUGGUUGGACAUUAUUUACGUUGAUGAAUUCUUCGCAUAUGUUGUUAUAUUAUUGAAUAGUGGCAAUGGAACCUUUGAAAAUGUAUCUCAGUAUUUGACUGUUCAGGGAUCUCAACCGCAUUCUGUAGCUCUUGGUUAUUUAAAUGAUGAUAAUUUACUUGAUAUUGUAAUUGCCAAUACUUUGGAUGAUAGUAUAAAUAUAUUUUUUGGAAAUGGAAAUGGAAAUGGAAAAUUUCGAAGACGGAUGAGAAUUUCGACUGGAUUUGAGUCUCGUCCAAAAUCGACUGUAAUUGGUGAUUUUAAUAAUGAUAAUAAACAAGAUAUUGUAGUUGCUAACACAGGAAAUGAUAACAUUGUUAUUUUUUUGGUUCACUAUGAAGCAGAUUUUUUAAAUGGAACCUACUAUGUAACAGGUACUGGUCUUCAUCCAUCCUCAGUCGCUGUUGGAGAUUUAAAUAAUGAUGGUGUUUCAGACAUUGUUGCAGCGAAUCUCGGUACUAAUACUAUUGAAAUAUUUCUCGAUUAUAACAAAGAAAAUUUCAUUAGCAGCAGUAUUUUGCAAUUGAAUCCGUAUUCACUACCACAAUAUGUUAUUGUUGCUGAUUUUAAUGAAGAUAGUUCACUAGAUAUUGCUGUUGUCACUUAUUACGAUCAUAGUCUAAAUGUAUUUCUUGGAUUAGGUAAUGGAUCUUUUGGUGAAAAAUUAGUAUAUUUAUUGCCAUCUGAAUCUUUUCCAGCAGCGGUUGCUUCUGGUAAUUUUAACCAGGACGGUCGAAUGGAUAUUGUCAUUGGUAGUGACGGCACAAAUGACAUAUCCGUAUUUCUAUCGUUCGAUUAUUUGACAUUUAGCACACAUGUUAUUUAUACAGAUUAUUUAAAUGCCGUACUAAACUGCAUUGCGACAGGUGAUUUAGACAAUGAUCAUAUAUUAGAUCUCGUCGUUUGUAAUUCCGUUGCCAAUACUAUUAUUGUCUUUCUCGGAUAUGGUAAUGGAUCGUUUCUUGAACAAAUAUCCUAUUCAACUGGCAAAGGUUCCUCUCCAUAUUUCCUUGUUGUAGAUGACUUUAAUAAUGACAAAAAUCUUGAUAUUCUUGUUACCAACAGAGAUACUGAUAGUGUGGGUCUAUUUUUGGGUUAUGGAAAUGGAAGUUUUCAGUCACAAAUAUCAUAUCCGACGGGUGACUUAUCUUGGCCAAUAUCAGUGGCGACUGAUGAUUUCAAUAGUGACACUUUACUCGAUUUUGUAGUUGCCAAUUCUGGUAGCAACAUUAUUGGUGUUUUUUUUGGAAAUGGUGAUGGAACAUUCCAAGAGCAAAUCAAAUAUCGUAUGAUCAAUGGAACUAAUCCAGUUUGGAUUUCUGUGAACGAUAUGAAUAAUGAUGGAAUUUUGGAUAUAAUUGUUGCCUAUUUUCGAGGGGAUAAUGUAGGCAUCCUUCUGGGAUCUGAGGAUGGUACUUUUGGAAAUCAAAUAAUAUUACCAACAGGAUCGAAUUCUGGACCUAUUUCGAUUGCUAUUGCAGAUUUCAACAAUAACAAUGGGAUGGAUAUUGCUGUAGCAAAUUAUUUUUCAAAAAAUAUCUUCAUCUUUUUCGGUUAUGGUAAUGGCACCUUCUCCUUAGAGACAAUGAUUUUCGAAACUUCUUAUUCAUCAUUGGUAGCUAUCGUUGCAGCUGAUAUUAACAAUGACACAGUAUUUGAUAUUCUUAUUGUUGACGCUGACGAGAAGAAUAGUAGUAUCGGUAUAUUUUAUGGACUUGGAAAUGGAAAUUUCACAUUACAAACAGUUUAUUCAACUGGUUUUAAUUCAAAUCAAAGAAUGAUAGUUAUUGGUGACUAUAACAAUGAUGGUAAACUAGAUCUUGCGAUUCCCUAUUUCAAUCAGAAUAGUAUUGGCAUUAUGCUUCAACAUUCUGUGCAACCUUUUGGACCAUAUACAACUUUUACUCUUGAUGACAAUACCCAUCCUUUUUCAGUUGUGGUUGCUGAUUUCAACGAUGAUCAUCAACAAGAUAUUGCAGUAGCCAAUUUUGGUACAGAUAAUAUUUGUAUUCUACUUGGAAAUGGUAACGGAAAUUUCGCUGAUCAGAUGACAUAUUCAACAGGUACUCAAUCUGGUCCAAGUUCAAUUAGUGUAGGUGAUUUUAAUAAUGAUCAUCAUUUCGACAUUGUUGUUACAAAUUUUCGUGCAAACAAUGUUCUUAUUUUACUUGGAUAUGGAAAUGGAGCAUUUCUUUGUGUAACGAAUUAUUCAACUGGUAUUAGUUCUUCGCCAUUUUCAGUUGCUGUAGCUGAUUUGAAUAAAGACAAUCAUUUAGAUCUUGUUGUGGCUAAUUGGGGCACCAAUAAUAUCAUAGUGUUAUAUGGAUUAGAUAAUGCAACAUUCACCAACCUGACAUUCUAUUCUCUUGGAUAUAAUGCAAGUCCUCGAUCUGUUGCUAUUGGAGAUAUUAACAAUGAUAAUUUAUUGGAUAUAGUUGUCGCCAAUGAUGGAACUAAUUAUGUCGAAAUUCUCUUACAAACGUGCUAA